AUGUCUGGCUUACUUUUCCUUACGAUUAAUACUCAAUACAAGUACGAAAAACCUCGAAGGAACUCUAUAACGUCCAAAGAGUCUAGAAAGUCUCUGAAAAAUCACCAUCAUCACCGCAAACAUAGUCAUAAUAAUUCUGAAUCCAAACAUUUUAAUACUAGAACUCCCUCCACAACUGCUUCUUCCAUCUUCGUACCACCUAAAGAACCGCAUACUCCUCAUAUACCCAGCUCAUGGGAAACAUUAAUAAACAACUUUCAAUACAAGCAAACCAAGUUCUUUACUCUGAAAAACUUGAAUAUCUUACGAUACACUUAUUAUGUUGAACUUAUAGACGAUUUCGAAAAGAUUCACGAUUUUUAUUCGCCCAAACAAAUAGGCUUUGCAUCGUUCCAAUUGAAUUCAACAAUAAGUAAUCAUCAAUUAAAAGUAAUGGACGAUUUUCUAGAUCCGUGUACUCCCUCACCUUCCAAGCCAGGGAACCCUUUUCAAGAAGGACCUCAAUCGAUUCGGACAUUAUUAUCCAGUUCCAAUAUUCAAUUUUGGAAUGCCUUAUAUCAAGAGUUAAAGAUGGAUACCAGUGUAUUCUCCAGUAUACCGUCAAUUGAAAGUCUACUGGGGUUUUUGAUCGAUCUAAUAGACACUUUCUUAGAUUCUCUUAUCAAAGCCAAACAAUAUGACGAUGAUGAUUCUCUCGUUAGAACAGCACCUUCGACGUCCAAAGAGUUCAACAGACUCUAUGGAGACAUGAACAGUUUGUUGCCCAUUAACAACUCCAAGUUAUUAUCCAAGGUGAUUGAAGAGUUGGUAGAAAACAUUCGGAUCUAUCAAUUACGAACCAAAGCAGAAUACUAUGAUAUUCUUGGGGAGUUUCUAAGGUUCUUAUUAUUGCAUUUAUUAUCGUCCAAACAAUUCCGUCUGAGUCAAAAUUCUUUGGCUUCAACUGCAACCACAACUGGGGCCUCUAUUUUUCUGCCUUCUUUGAAUGGGUCCACCACUUCUUCCAUCAACAGUACCAUGAUCCCAACUCAAUCGAAGACUGAGGAAGACCUUGAAACGUUAGCUAAACUGAAACAUUCCUAUCAUCAUUCUCCAGACACACCUGACGUUAAACUUGAGACUAGAAAUGAAAUUGGUAACACAGCUUUCUCUUUAGAGCCAGCCAAAAAAGAAUCAAAUUAUUUUCUUCGACCACCUUCAGAGAAGAGAAAGAGAUUCCUUGACCGCUUCAAAAAGAUACAAGACUCCGAAAAAUAA